GUGUUACAUUCACUGUUUUGGGGUUCUAUAACAAGAAUGGGGUAAUUGACGUUUAGCUUGAGUUCUAAUCCAUUGACAGAUGGCGAAUAAAUCGGAUCCGGGCGCUGUUCGCUUCUGCUCUUUGCAGUCACGUUUGUUGGUCUCAUAAUAAGAAAUAAAGCACGCCAGGAUGGCAGAUGAUGGAUUGCUGAAGUGGACCGUUAUCGUGCUCACAUGUCAACAUAAAGACAGUGUUUAUGCCUUCCAGAGAGAGCUGGACGGGCGUCAGAAGCGUGGUGUUCUCCCAGCGGAUGCCCUGCUGCUGACCGUUCCUGACCCUCACGCCCGGCUGGGCAGCGGCGGGGCCACCCUGAACGCCCUGCUAAUGGCUGCAGAGCACCUGAGCGCCAGAGCUGGAUACAGCGUGGUGAACGCAGAUGUUCUGGAUGAAGCUCACGUUCUCAUCCUUCACACGGGCAGAGAUUUCCCAUGGGACGCCUGCAGCAGGGCUUUCUGCUGGGUGCCCGUACAGAGAUCAGAUGAUGUAGAAGGAGCUGUGUGCUGUUUAGACCUGCUGUUGGACUGUCUGUCCACAAAGAUUUGUGCUGGUUCUCCGCCUGGAGUUUGGGUGUGUGGCACUGAUAUGAUCCUGAAUAUUCCAACACGACAAUUAAUUUCAUGGGACAGGUUCUCUGGGGUUCGGGUUGUGGCGUUGCCAGGUGACAUUAGUUUUGCUGUUAAUCAUGGCAUCUAUCUCACUGAUGCAGAGUCCAGAGUGUGUAACAUUAUCUAUAAGGGCUCAAAGGAGAAAAUCAGCUGUGCUGCACUGCCUGAUGGGAAAGUACCUCUGGUGUCCGGCCCGGUGUUUUUCUCUAGGACUGUUGCAGAGAAACUCCUACAGACUCAUGUUUUGUCACCAUUGGAUGGUUGUACAUAUCUUGGCAUGGAUUCGGGAGCUCCACCACUUGAGAUAUCUCUCUUUCUGGAUAUUCUGAUGUGCCUUUGCUCUGACCUGACAGAGCAGGAAUUCAUCAAUGGAGAGAGAACAGGCUGCACGUCACCCUCCGGACCUCAGGGGGCAGUAGUGAGGAGCGGCCGAGCUGUACUGUGGAGGACCCUCAGGGGACCCUCCAUCUCUAUGUUGUAUGUUCAGGAUGGCCGCUAUGAUUAUUUGACUCAGUCAGGUCGAGAACAUAUCAUUCGUCUGACAGAAACCAGAACACAGACAAUAAUUCUCUCUCAUAUUCAGGAUGUGAAGUCUGUGGCAGAAGGCAGCAGAGUGAUAAAUAGCGUGCUGGAAGCAGAAGUUUGUGUAUCAACAGGAGCUGUUGUGCAGCACUGCCACCUACAGGGUCCAGUCCAGGUGCAUUCUGGGUGCCUGUUGUCUGGGCUUGAUUUGACGUCAUCAUCCUGCAUGCAACGUCUACCCCUGUCUAGUGACAUCAUCAUUCAGGGUCAUCGAGUGAUGCUGGGAGAGUUAAAGUUAACCGUGUACACAGCUUUUGGAGCCCAUGACAAUUUAGAGGCCAACACUGAUGAUGUCAAUGCAUCAUUCCUUAAUCAAAAAUGGAGUGAUUUUUAUAGUCGGACUGGAAUACAGCCUCAGUACCUUUGGGGAGCUGAGAGGACUGAGUCAUGCUGUCUGCUGGACGCCCGAUUGUUCCCAGUGUUCAUGCCACGUUUAGGACCAGUUGGACUGGAGGGGGCCUGUUGGCUCCUGGGUGGUGCUGGUGGGCUGGACAGUUGGAGGGAAGCCUGGAGACUCUCGCUCAGAGAUAUUCUCGUCCUCAUGGACCAGCAGACGGAGCUGCGCUGGAGAGAAGAUCUGUUCUUCAAUGUGGGCCGAAGAAGAGCCGUGGACGCUCUACAAGGCCACACAGAUCUCAGUCUACUGCCGUUCUUCAGAGCAGCGGCACUGGCCGGCCAGCAGGAGGAGCUACUGCAGGUACUGGACUCAGGUGAGGAGCGAAAGAUGAGGAAUAGUUUGGAUAUGUUGACUUUUGAAGAUACUGAUGGUUUGGCUGUUGUCUCAGUGGCUGCAGGCAGCAGUGGGGAUCUGGGAGUAGCUGCACGUUGUCUCGCUUGCAUCGCUGAUGUCCUCGGCUGUCUGGCUGGUGAGGGUAAAGGUGGUUUGCGCAGUGGACCAGCGGCGAAUCCAUCAUGGGCCCCUGCUUUUAAGCUCCUAGAGGAUGGUAACUUAACUGCAGGUGUCCAAGAACUGGCCAAUCAAAGAAAGCACUGGCUCAGCAGACCAGAUUUGUUGGUGAGAGCUGCCAGGCAUUAUGAGGGAGCGGGACAGAUACUGCUGCGGAAGGCAGUGAUGUCAGCACGUGAGUUUGUGUUCAUUGGUCAAGGAGAGAUGCCGCCCUUGGGUGAGUGGCAGGAAGUGGAGUGUCCUGCUCGACUGGAUCUGUCAGGAGGCUGGAGUGACACUCCUCCUAUAGCAUUUGAAAAUGGUGGACUGGUAAUCAAUGUGGCUAUCAGAAUGGAUGGAAAACGGCCGAUUGGAGCUCGGGUUCGACGUGUUCCAGAGCCUCAUCUGCUGUUGGUCAGUACCAGCGGUGAACCGGCCUGCAGCAUCUCCACAAAAACACUCUGUGAGGAGCUUACUGACCUGGAAGACUACUGCCAGCCUCACGCUCCAGGUGCCUUGCUAAAAGCCGUGUGUGUGUGCAGUGAGCUGGUGUGUGUAUCUUCUCCUGUCUCUCUGAAAGAGCAGUUGUUAAAGCACUGGGGCGGUGGACUGGAGAUCCACAGCUGGUCGUCUUUGCCACAUGGUUCUGGUCUUGGCACCAGCAGUAUUCUGGCAGGUGCAGCUCUUGCAGCAGUGUACAGAUGCACGGGACGAAGCUUCAGCACAAUCUCUCUCAUUCAUGAUGUUCUUUACCUGGAGCAGAUACUCACCACCGGUGGAGGAUGGCAGGACCAGGUUGGUGGGCUGUUUGGAGGAGUGAAAGUGGCUCGAUCUGCAGCUCAGUUACCACUGAGAGUGGAAGUAGAACAGCUCGCUCUGACUCCAGACUUCCUGUCUGCUCUGCAGCAGCAUCUUCUUCUGGUUUACACUGGAAAGACGCGUUUAGCACGGAACCUGCUGCAGGACGUGGUGAGGAGCUGGUAUGCACGUUUACCUUCCAUCGUACAGAACACAGAGCAGCUGGUGACCAAUGCAGAGGAGUGUGCUGAAGCCUGCAGAGACGGAUCUCUGGUCAGAUUGGGGGAGUGUAUGAACACAUACUGGCAGCAGAAGAAGCUGAUGGCUCCAGGCUGUGAGCCGACGGCAGUGAGAUCCAUGAUGAACACACUUCAGCCGCUGAGUUUAGGACAGAGUCUGGCAGGAGCAGGAGGAGGAGGAUUCCUGUUCUUACUCACCCGUGAGCCGCAGCAGAAGGAAGCAGUGAGAGAGAUUCUCACAAACAUCCAGGGCAUUGGUUUCUUCAGUGUUCAUUCAGUGGAGCUGGAUAUGGAUGGGAUCUCAAUCAUUCAGAAGAGCUCCGAACAUCCUGAACAACAGCAGAACACAUAAAUCUGAGUGACUCAUAAAUAACAAUGAAACUGAUAUUAUUUCUGUAAAUAUAACAAUGCAUCUAAUCAAUUUAAACAUUUGUCAAUCUUGAAUUAUGAAUAGAAGAUUUUUUGUUUAAACUGAAAUGUAUCAAAAAACUGACAUUUAGACUUCAAGUUUAUUUGUAUAUCCCUUUUUACGAUACAAGCCA